ACAAAACCCGCCCCCAAAUAGAAGACCCUUCGCGGCCGUAAACGAUUUUGAAAAGGCGGUAGCGGCGACGGCGAUGGCGGAUCUCGUCCCACCUCUCGUGACGGCACAAAUCGACGGCAAGCAGCCUAAAGCGGAUGAGAAAGUUGAUUACUCGAAUCUCCCGUGCCCUGUUCCUUAUGACGAACUCCACCGUGAAGCUUACAUGUCUUUAAAGUCUGAAACUUUUGAGGGUUUACGUUUUGACUUUUCCAAAGGGUUGAAUCAAAGGUUUUCUCUCAGCCACAGUGUAAUGAUGGGGCCAACCGAAGUUCCUUCUCAGUCACCUGACACAACGAUCAAAAUUCCAACAGCCCAUUAUGAGUUUGGUGCCAAUUACUUUGACCCAAAGUUGAUGCUUGUUGGAAGGGUUAUGACUGAUGGUAGACUCAAUGCAAGAGUGAAAGCUGAUUUAAGUGAUAAGUUGAUCUUAAAGGCCAAUGCUCAACUGACAGGUGAGCCACAUAUGUCACAUGCGGUGUUCAACUUUGACUACAUGGGAAAAGACUACAGAGCCCAACUUCAACUUGGGAACAGUGCUCUAGUUGGAGCAACCUAUAUUCAGAGUGUGACACCCCGUCUAUCAUUGGGUGGGGAAGUUUUCUGGGCUGGUGUGCCAAGGAAGUCUGGUAUAGGUUACGCUGCAAGAUACGAAACUGAUCAGAUGGUCGCCUCUGCGCAAGUUGCUAGCACUGGUAAUGUAGUUAUGAACUAUGUUCAGAAGAUUUCCGAGAAGGUUUCACUCGCCACUGAUUUUGUGUACAACUACUUUUCAAGAGAUGUUGUAGCUAGUGUUGGGUAUGACUACAUUCUCAGACAGUCUCGUGUUAGGGGGAAGAUUGAUUCCAACGGAGUUACAUCAGCUCUCCUGGAAGAAAGGUUGAGUAUGGGACUUAAUUUUCUUCUGUCUGCAGAGGUUGACCAUAAGAAGAAAGACUACAAGUUUGGAUUUGGUUUAACAGUCGGCUAAGAAAAGAAGCAGCAGCACGCAAUAAAGCACUGGCUCUAUACACGCAGCGCAGAUUGCAGCGGUCAGCCGAGGGACUCGGUUUAAAUUUAUUAUUAUUUGUAUUUCCCUCUCAAAAUUUCAGUUUAGGCUUUUAUUCAUAAGGAAGAAUGUUUGUGUUGUUUAUUUUCUCGGUUUAGGAUUCCUCUCAAAGGCAUCCAUUAAGAAAAAAGAAGUUUUGUUUUUACUUUUUUUCUUUUCUUUUAAUACCAGUAUCUUUAACUCA